AUGUCUUCUACUUUUGAAGACAGUUUCUUAGAUUUUGACUUUAAUUUUCUGCAACAAACACCUAAAAAUGUUAUGGUCGAAAGUAAGAUUGAAAAACAGCGUAAAGCUAUACUGAUUGCUAAAAAGAAAAUUAUCGCUACAGACUCUCUUAUAAAAAAAUACUAUGCUAAGAAAGAAACUUUGGAUCAGACAGAGAAAUAUUUAAUAGCUUCAAAAGAAGAAUGUAAACAAGUUUGCAUUGAGUAUAACUCUGCAUUGGAAAAAUGCACUAGGUUGGAAAAAGAUACCCAACUGCUGUCUCAUAAAAAUCAGGAACUAGAAGAAAGGUUAAAUUUCUCAGAGAACCAAUGCAAGGCAAUUCAGUCACAUGCUUAUCAACUUCAGGUACUUGCACAAGAACAUGAGACACAAAUAGAAUCAUUGAAAAUAGAAAACCAACUGGAGAAAUCGAAUACUAAAGAACAAACAAAAAGCAAAGGAUUGCAAAAACAUGAAUAUGAUACUCUUAUAAGUCAUAUAUGUUUGCUUAGGGACAUUGUAUUAGGCAAAAGAAAGUUAAAUAAGCGUCAUAAAGUAAUUCUCCAGAAAUAUGAUAAGCUAAAGCCAAAUUCUGAUGUUGAUGAUGGCUCUGCAUCUGACAGUAGUGUCGGUGACAUGGAUGACUUUGAACAUUCCCUACCAUCACCAAUGUCUCCAGAUAUAUUAUCCAGAAAAAAGGUUGAUCAGGUACAGAAAACUAUUUCUAAGAACUUGGAGAAGAACAUAAAUAAGGAGACAACCAACAAAAGAAUUGAUGGUGAUCAGGAUUCAGAUUCGUGUAAUGAAAUCAUAAGUGAAGACACAGGUCGCGGGUCAUCACUAGCUAAUUCAGAUAUCGAAAAAUGUUUAAACAGUCCAGACUACUAUAUAAGUGAUAGUCCAUUUAGUAACGUAACCCAAAAAGACAAAAAGAACUAUUCUGAUGCUGCAACAAGUCCAAUAACAGUAAAUAAAGAGAGGAUUGAAAUAGCUACCAGCCCCAUACCGUUUACAGACACCCUAUUCACUAGCGUUCACAAGAACAAAAUAAUUACUAAGGAGAUAGGAAUCACAGUAGACUCUAGAGAAUUUAUUUUCAGUAAAAGUGUGUCUACUAGUCCUAUAAGUAACCGACAACAACAAAUUAAAACCCGUCCUGUAGAUUUCGAUAAACUAAAUUCUGAAGUUGAUAUGAACAACACACUCGAUUAUUUACCAAAAGACCCAGAGUGCUUGGAAUUGCAUACUCGUAGUGCAUACAAAAACCAUGUAACAACCAAAGAGAUAGGAAUUUCAGUAGAUUCCAGGGAAUUAAUUACUAGUAAAAAUGUUGGCACAAGUCCUAUAGGUAACAAACAGCAAGAAAUAGCAACUAGUCCUGUAAAUUUCGCUAUACUUCAUUUUGACAGUGAUAUUAAGAACUCGCAUGAUCAUUUACCUAGAGAGCAAGAAUGUGAGGAAAUGCGUACUUCAAGUGCAUUCAAAAUCCAUGUAGCAACCAAGGAGAUAGGAAUUGAAGUAAACUCUAGUGAUUUUAUUGUUAGUAAAAAUGUAGCCACAAGUCCUGUACGAAAUAGACCGCGAACAAUAUCAAUGAGCCCUGUGGACUUUGUUGAUUUUUGUAUUGACAGUGAUAUGAAUAACUCGCGUGAUGAUCUAAUAAAAGAACAAGAUUUGUUUGAAAUGCAUACUUGGAGUACAUACAAAAGCCGCGUAGCAACAAAGGAAAUAGGAAUUUCAGUAGACUUUAAAGAUUUUGUCGAUAAUAAGAGUAAUACCACGAGUCCCACGAAUAACGGACAACGAGAAAUGGCUACUAGUCCUGUAAUUUUCAACGAACUUAGUUCUGAAAGUAUUUUGAAUAAGUCAAAUGAUGUUUUACCACAACAGCGAGAAAGUCACAAGAGCGCAUGCAAAAAUCAAAUAGCUACCAAGGAGGUAGGAACCGCAGCUGAAUUCAGUGAUUUUAUUAGCAGUAAAGAUAUUGCCACCAGUCCUAUUAGUAGUAAACAUCGAGAAAUAGCAACUAGCCCUGUAGAUUUUUAUGAGUUUUGCUCCGACAGUGAGAUAAACAAUUCUUGUAAUAAAUUAUCUAAAGAACGGGAGUGCUUGGAAAUAAAUAACAGUAACAUUUUAAAUAAUAACCAUUCUUAUGAUCGUGAAGUAGAAAAAAUUUUAACUGCAAUGCGAUUUGAUUACGAAAUAAUAACGCCUAUACCAAUCUCUCCGGCAAUUGCACGAAACACGGAAAAAAAUCAAAACACCCAAGAUUAUGUAUGUCAGGACGCUGCAAAAGUUGGUAAAGAAAAUGCAAUAUUGAAAGCAACUAUGACUGUAUUAGCAAAAGAAGUACAAAACGUUAAAACUUUACUUCAUAAACAUUUACGGUUAAAUGAUGAAGAAAUUCAAAACCCAAGUCAAUAUUGCAAUAAAAAUGAUACUUCCAUAAAUUCAGUUCCUUUAACUAAAACUCCUGAGAAUAUUUUUGUAAUAAACGAAAUAGUUGAAAAUACGUCGGAAAAUUCAAAUAUCACAGUUGACAUUAACCAAUUCAUGAUACCAGAGUUAAAGAGAUCGUUAAAUAUUGAUGACACUCAAGAUCGUUUAGAAAGUAUUUUUCAAAAUAAUACUAGUGAUCUUAGAGACGAAAUAACUAACAAAGAUCAUUUACAUAAAUCGCCGACAAAGACUAUAGAGAAAUUAAAAAGAGCUAAGAAGUUGACUCGAUUAGAAAAUUUGAGGAAAAAAUUGAUUCCUCAAAGUAAGAUUAGAAGAGCGAAAACACCACCAAUCAGACAAUUGAGGAGGAAAAAACAACUAUUAGUUAAGAAAAAAUUUUUUGAGAAAUGUACAGCCGUAAAUAAUAAAAUUGCAUAUGAAAAUGCUGUUAAAAUAAUGGCUGAACUAAAGUCAAAACAAAAGGAUAAAAGCAAAGAUAUUUCCAUUGCAGGGGAUGUAAAUACAACUAAUGAUUCUAUAAAAGACAAUUCAAAUGAAAAACGUAACAGCAAAGAUAUAUCCAUUUCGGGAGAUGUAAAUACAGCCAAUGAUUGUAAAAAAGACAAUUCAAAAGAAAAUAAUAACAGUAGAAAUAUAUCCAUGGAUUCAAGGAAAACCGACGAUUUUAAUCAGGACUUACAUCUAAUUCCUACAAAUAAAGAUAGUCCUCUAUGUGAUGUCGAAUCUACGAAUCAUGUAAUUGCUCUAAAUGAGACAACCCCUGAGGUUGGUAUUAGGCCUGUUAAAGAUUCUCCUCUUAAAAAAAGUUAUAAUAUAAAUGUCGAUCCACAACAUUCCAUCUUGCUACCAAAUUCAAUAACUACGAGGAGCCGGAGUAAACGUUUGUCAUCAUCACAAUUAAACGAACCGGAGACUAAAGAACAUGUGGCUAUAACAUCUGAUAUGUUACUCCAAGAUAAAAGUCCUACUAUAAAUAAUGAUACUAAAAAUCGCAGGCGACUGAAACGCGUUGCGUCGGAUCAAUUAGAAGUUACAACAAAACGAAUAUUACGAAGUUCCAAUGUAGUACACAUUUCGAACAUCGGAGAUCGGACAAUGAAUAAUAGUGAUAUUGAAAAUAGUAUAAUGACUCCAGAUACGAAUUCUCAAAUCUGCAAAAGGAGGAGGUCUAGUCGCCUAUCAACUACGCAGAAAAAUGAGGAAACAAGUACUAUUAAAGAUACUGAUGCUCAAAAAUUAACUGAAAUUGUUACUUACAGUGAUCUUGACAUCUUUAUUGGAAAUAGUUCGACAUCUAAAAGCUGUAAAAAUCAAUCAAGUAUUCCUGAUAAAUUAUAUGAUCCUAAAGAAAGCAUAUUAUGUCGUAUGUUAGAAAAGUAUGCAAGAUAUUCAGUCAAGUGCAAUGUGAAGAAAAUUCCAGAUAGUGCAACAAAUAGUAUCUGCAGUAAAUUGGAAGAAGGCAUUGCUCAUAUAUUAACAGUUCCUCUCCAUGAAACAAAAAAUGCUAUGAAUAAUUUUGUCAACGAAAUACAAAAUUGGAAUGUGCGAAACUUUAUGGCUGGAUUCAUGAAAUAUCUAAAGGAUCCUGCUCGUAAAGACGAACUCUUCAACAAAGUUCACUCGCCGCCUGCGCCUCAUAUGACAAAAUCUGAACAAGUUCUGAUAUACAUUUUAAAGCAGUUACAAGCUCUUUGGCCUUCAGUUGACCUUGUUAAAGUUGUUUUCUCUAACAUUGAAUUUGCAUUAUUUCAGUUGAAUCAUGCACCCGAAUUUAGUACAGUAGAGAGUCUUUCUCAUUUCUAUGCAGUCCUUUGCAGAUAUUUUAGAGCAAAGAGUCGCUUACGACUUUUCAUUUUAGAUGCUAUGUACUGUAUGCAGUAUAAAUCAGUGGCUGUAAUAAAGCAGUGCUUAGAUGUCUGGAUGCAUGUUUUACCUUUGGCACAUAUGGGCAUAGCAAAAAGUCCACUAGUUACCUGUUUAGUUUAUCUUCUACACUUUUACAAAUGUGAGGAUAAAUUUAAUAGGGUGCAGGACAUAAGAGAAAUAUUGAGCCGGAAAUAUUUUUACAAAGUUACAGACUGGACAGAAACUAAGAUUUUAGAAAUGUUCAAAAAUGCAAUAAAAGAAUUACGUGAUGUACCUAUUGAAAAGAAAAUGUUGAGAAUGUCUCUUAUUAUCCUUGCAAAACGCAGAGGGCCACAGUGGUGUCAAAAGAAUUUAGUUAAAAACAUGUUACAACCAAUUAUAGAAAAAGAAGAUGUCCCAGAUAGAAUUAGAGAGUUUUCUGUAUCAGUGUUAGGACCUUUGUUAAAGCCCUAUCCUAACGAUAUGAAAGUUCAUUGCGAAAUUAUUGUUAAUCAAUUACUAGAUAUGUUGGAAUGCAGUGUUUCACCUCGUAUGAAAGAAGCCAUUUUCACAACUUUAUUGUAUAUGAAAAGGCACAACCAAACCCGUGUUACACAAGCAUUACUGUCAUGGAAUCCUCAACAUGUAUCUCCGGAGCUCGAAGAAUUGUUGAAAGAUUAUGUAAGAGAAAAACCUUUUAAAGUAUGGAGAAAUACGUUAUCAAGAAUAUCAGUCACUUAA